AUGGCUGAGUUAGGAGGUGCCCCAUCUUUGGAUGUCGAACAAGCCCUGAAGAGGGUAUGCAAGUCCGCCCUGGUCGUUGGUGGUGUUGCUCGUGGUCUUCAUGAAGCCGCCAAGGUUUUGGACAAGUAAGUCAUUUUUUUUGUUUGUAUUUUUAGAUAAUAAGGCGGAAGAGGUCUAAUUAUUUAAAUUAUUGAGUUUUUAUAAUUUGUCAGUGCUUUUGGUUGAUUUUUUGAAAAUAACACGUUUACGUCUAAAGCAAACUUUUUAAAAAUUCGUAAAGAAACAUGAAUUUUAACGCCUAAUUUUGAAUUUUUAUAUCUAAAAUUUUUUACCUAAAUUUCAGGCGUGAGGCUCUUUUCUGUUUGUACUCGGAGGAAUGUGACGAGGAGAACUACGAAAAGUUGGUCCGUGCUUUGUGCAAAACCCACGAAAUCCCAAUCUACAAGGUUGAGACCAAGGCCGAGCUCGGUGAACUCGUUGGACAAUGCAAGUACGACAAGGAAGGAAAAGCCAGAAAGGUUGUUGGUUGCUCAUGUGCCGUCGUCAAGGACUGGGGACGUGACGAGGAAGCCCGCAACGUGCUCUUGGACUACCUCAAGAAACAGAGCGCCUAA